UUUAGUAGCUGGCAUCUUCGCCGCUAUGGCUCAAGCCUAUCUGCUGUUAGCCAUAAAAGGCAGCAGUGCUCGACUAUUAAUUCCUUUAUUAAUUUCACUUCGGUCCUACGCACUGAGGCCUGUCUCGCGAGUUGUGUUCGUCGUUAGUAGCCGUUGGUGCGGCCGCAUCCGUUCGGCUGUAGGGGGAGGGUCCCUUUUGUCAGCCAUCUGCGAAGCUGGCAGCUGAAGCUCCUGGCUGCGGGGCAAAACCUGACCCGGCAGGCACCCCCGACCAUGGCUGAGGGAGGCGGCCUCGUUUCGGUGGACUAUGAGGUGUUUGGGAAAGUGCAAGGGGUGUUUUUCCGCAAACAUACCCAGGCACAAGGAAAAAAGUUGGGUGUAGUUGGCUGGGUCCAGAAUACUAAUUAUGGCACUGUGCAAGGACAAAUCCAAGGCCCUCUUGUCAAAGUGCGACACCUUCAGGAAUGGCUUCAGAAAACAGGAAGUCCCAAGUCUCGCAUUGACAGAGCUGAAUUCCGCAAUGAAAAGAAAAUUGCUCAUUUAGAGCAUAGUGACUUUUGCAUAAUCAAAUAACAGCUUGAGGAAGAGAAAGCACUGGAUUUAUAAAGUCAACGAUGGACUCAUCUAGAAGAAAGCCAUUCAUUCAGUUUUCAUUCUCUAGUAAUUGGUCACAUGCAUAUUCCUUCCAUUGUAAUUAUUAUUUAUUUAUGAAGCAACUAUUAAAUGUUUUAAGAUAAAAGUUUCCUGGAUUGAGACUGUGAUGUCCUAAUAUUUUGAUUGUUAAUAAAGGCAUGGUUGCUGCAUCAUAACCAGAGCUAUGUGCAAAAAUGAGAUUAACAUAUUGAAAGGUUGCAAGUGAAAGAACUAGUUUGCACAUUUUUAAUUCCCACAGCAUAUAAAUUAGAGAAUUCCACUGGAAAUUUUUAUUAAAUGAAAGUUUGUUUUUAGGGUUUUUAAAAUUUCAUAAAUCGUAAAAUAAUUUGAUAUGAAGGGUAAAUAUACACAAAAAAGAAAAGGAAAUAUUUAUUUUUAAGGAGUAUAAACGACUAUUUUUCUUAUUGAGAGUUAUGCUGUAGUGUGCAAAAUAUAUAUUAAAAUAAUUUUUACUGUUCUAUA